CGCGUUCCCCGAAGAGCUUCCCUUGUCUUCCCGAAGCGUGUGCAAGCACACCCCCCACGAGUCCCCCAGACUAGUGUAUUCCCACUGCAACUGCUCCAGCAUCCGCUUCUGCAACUGAUGAGGCGGCCGCCAUAGCUCCGGCUGCGCACUCGCUGGCUGCUGGCGACGACGACAAGCUGUCCGCCUACGCACACCCAAGAAUGACUCCGCUGCGUGGACCCUGUCGUGUGCUCGCCUCCAAUGCGAGCCGUCGUUCCGGCGCAGGCUUGGCGUGCGCCGCCUUGAGACAGGGUCCCGUGUUGCAACUACAACUUCGCCAUGCGUCUGCAGGGAACACGCGGCCAAAGACGGCCGUCUUCUUCCCAGGGCAGGGGGUUCAGAAGGUGGGCAUGCUCACGCCCUGGGUAGAAGCGUUCCCUGCUACCGCCAAGCCCAUCAUUGAGGAGAUUGACCACAUCGUGGGGUACAAGCUAUCCGACGUGAUACAAGAAGGGCCUGGCAAGGUGCUCAACCUGACGACGAAUGCGCAGCCGGCCAUUAUGGCCACCUCACUUCUGAUCCUGCGCAUCCUCGAGAAAGAGUUCGGCUUCAGGACAGCCGAGCGCGCCGACUUUACCCUGGGUCACUCGCUCGGCGAGUUUGCCGCCCUGGUGUCGAGCGGCUACAUCGAGUUCGAGGACAGCCUCUUCAUGGUGCAAAAGCGCGCCGAGGCUAUGGCUGCGGCGACUAAGCGUGCCGAGGAGGAAUAUGGUGGCGAGUACGGCAUGGUGGCCGUCGUGAGCGAGCCCGAGUACAUGCAGCCGCUGAUCGAUGCGAUCCACGAGUUUGUCGGCUACGGCAGCGCAGGGAGCGAGUCGAAAGGUGUCGAGGAUCCGUCGCCAAUCGACCAGGUGCUCAUUGCCAACAUCAACAGCAAGAACCAGAUCGUUUUGAGCGGCAACAUCGAGAGGAUAAAGACGCUUGUCGCCCACGUCAGGCAGUUCCUGGGCCAUGACCCACGGGCGGUGCGCUUGAAGAGCGACAGCCCGUUCCACAGCCCCAUCAUGAAGCCUGCCGUCUCGGUGAUGCGAAAUAUUCUCGCCGGCACCAGCCGGGUAAAAGGGAGGGAAGGUCAAGACAUUGUCUCAUGGCCCGGCGUGCCGUGUAUCAGCAAUGUUGCGGCCCGUCCGUUUGAGAGCAAGGCCGACUUGAAGGACCUGCUAGCAAGGCAGUGUCUCGAGACGGUGCGGUGGUGGGAUAGCAUCAAGUAUCUCGACCAGGAGCAGAAGGUCAGGAGAUGGGUCGGCAUCGGCCCCGGCAAGGUCGGGCGGAACCUGGUUGGGAAGGAGGUCGGCAUGAGAGGAAAGGAUACGGUCAAGGGCGGCGGCGUUUGGGCCAUCACUGACCCUAGCGAGAUUGAGGAAGUGCUCAAGGGGCUCGAGGAGACCGAGAACCUUGUUGAUGAGGAGUGAGCCCUACUGCUUUCCAGCAGGCCAUCUAUGCUGGAUAGGGUGGCGGGACUGGGACGUCCUGCAUGUCGCGUUGCUGAGCGAUACGAUUCCAACAGCACACACCAUCCAUCUGGCGUUGGCCAAGCAUCCCGCUUACAUGUCUACGUUAUCUUGGGAUAUCUAUCUCAUGGCACCCUCAACCCUGGUAUCAGUAUAAUCAAUUUCAAAAUGCUUCCCAACACAUUGCUUUCCUUAACUGGUCUGGGACUGGCG